UACAAUUACAUGAAUGCAUACUUGCAUAGCAAGAAAAUACCCCAUUGAAGGGUUUCCCAAAAAGAGCAAUUCCCACUAUGCAUUUUUUUUUUUUUUUGUUAGUAAAGCUAGCAAAACCCCAACCUAUCAUCAUCCCUCCUUUUACAAUCUUUUUCUUAAAAACCUUUCUUUUCCUAAGAUCCGUUCUUAUGUGUAAUCUUGGUGGACGGCCAUGGCUGACUCAGCUAAGAACAGAGAAAAAGUUUCACAAUUCACCAUCUUCUCCCCCUCCCUCCAUAUAUAUAUUUGGGGGAGGGGCAGGAAGAUUGGUCAUCUACCAUUGCUCUCUCUUCAGUUAAAGCAUUAGUAAUAUAUCGACUGGAGCAGAAGAAAAAUGGAAGCUUUGAUGAAACAAGACGUCGCCGGGAUCGCGGUUGGCUCGUUGGCGGCGUUUCGGCCUUUCGAGAAGUCUCUAAAGAGAGUGUUGCCUGCUCCCGCUGGCGGCCAAUCCCCGGACGGCGAACCUCGAGCCACGAAACAAUGUAGAGAGGAUUCAGUUGUUAGCAGAGAGAACAAGCUUGGGAGUUUUGGCCAUGGAGUCAAAGAGCAUGUUGCAGUGAGGUUUGGGCAAAAGAUCAGAGAAACCGUGAAGGGAAAGUUGAGUUUGGGAGCAAAGAUGAUUCUUAAAGUUGGUGGAUUGAGGAAAGUUUACAAGCAACUCUUCAGUGUAAGAGAAGAGGAAAAGCUAUUGAAGGCUUGUGAGUGCCAUUUGUCAACCACAGCAGGACCUCUUCCUGGUUUCCUCUUCAUUUCCUCACACAAACUUGCCUUUUGCAGCCACAAAUCUAUCAAAUUCUCUUCCCCAAAUGGAGAUCUCCUAAGUUUUCAUUACAAGGUGGUGAUUCCAGUGGGGAGAGUAGAGAGAGUGAACCAGAGUGAGAAUGUGAAUAAGCCUUCACAGAAGUACUUGGAGAUAGUAACUGUGGAUAAUUUUGAUUUCUGGUUUAUGAGAUUCCAAAAUUUCCAGAAGACUUUCAGAUUUCUUCAACAAACAAUCUCUCAAGAAUGGAGUAUUAAUUGCUAGUUGUAUGUUUGGUAGAAGUGUUUUCUUUUCCUUUGCUUCAUUUAUAUUUACUUAUUGGAGCUAGGAAUAGAUUAAAUUAUUAGACCCAAUUUGUACAAAUUUAAUUGGUAUCAAUACAACAAGUUGAUAUAUUAUAUAUAUGUUUGGUGUUUUCAAAUUUA